AUGAGUACCAUGACAGAAGAAAAUAAGAGGAGAAGGUCGGUGAAUUUUACCAUGAGGGAACAGAAUCUACUAUUUUCCAUUGCAUUAAAACAUAAAAAUGUAAUUGAAAACAAACAGACCAACGCAACUACAAAUUGUGAGAAAAAUGAAGUCUGGUCAGAAGUUGCCAAAGAAUUUAAUGCAACUAGCACAGAUUUCAACAAUAGAACCGUCGAACAACUCAAAAGAUGCUACGAGAAUAGACGUCAAAGUUUGAGGAAACAGAAGGCUGAAGUACGCCAGGAAUGCUUAAAAACAGGAGGUGGCCCUCCUCCAGAGCAAAAGGAAGAGCCAGCUGCCUUGUUAGUUUUAGCAACAAUGGACCCUCUAACAGUUGUGGGCGAUACAAAUACAUAUGACUCAGAUUCUGUCAGUACGAUUAUUAAAGAUUCUGGUCAUACUGAAGAAAAUGAAAUUGAAUUAAUUUUUGAAGUACCUGAGAAUCAACAGCCUGGAGAAAAGGGAGCAAGGGAUGAAGAUCAUGAAAAUCAGAACUUCCGUGAAGAUAUUGAGAAUGACACAUACAUUCCACAAAAGAAAGAUUGGAAAAAAUAUCACUCAUCUGAUUUGAAAAGACCUUUAAAUCCAGCAUUACUAAGAAGUAAUGCUGCUACAGCAGGUACAAAAAAAACAAGACAAGCAGAUUCACAGCUAGAAUCAGAAAACCUACAAACAAGAUCUGAGCAUCAUAGUACAGGAGUAACAACAAGGACAGGAGUGGGAAACAGAAGGGGCUUGGAUCGAGGGAUAGAUAGACGGAGGCCAACUGCAACAGUUGUCAAAGCACUUGCAUCAAGUGCUUUAGCAUAA